AUGACAACUUUUUUAAAUGCAUUGCGGUAUGCUUUUGACUCUUCCGGGUAUUCAAACAUUUUUCUCAAAGUUAAGCAAAUAAAGAUUUUAGAAGCUUUGUACCAACAAAGAGACGUGGUCGCAGUCCUUCCAACUGGAUAUGGAAAGUCUGUUAUUUUUCAUGUGUUGCCAUUUUUACUUGAAUAUGGCAAACGAGAAACUAAUGGUACAACUGCUGUUAUCGUCAUCGCACCUUUAAAUUCGCUUAUAGAUGAUCAGAUAUGCAGUUUGAGAAAGAGGGGAAUUAACGCAAGAGAUUUACGAGGAGAUUUAUGCGACGGCAAUCGAGAUGAUGCUGCUUCUAGAUCAGUAAGGUCUGGAAAUAUUGCAGCAUCGGAUCCAGACACUGAUUCUUCUGAAAGUGAACAAGCUGAACCUUUUAACCAAAACCUUGAUGAUAUGUGUAACGAUUGCAGAAUUUUAUUUGCUCACCCCGAGCAGAUAGUUUCAAAAAAUGUAUUACUACAGGAAUAUCAAGAGAGGAUUGUCGCUUGUGUUAUUGACGAGGCCCAUUUAAUAGAUGAAUGGGGACAGGAGUUUAGGCCGGAUUAUAGCAAACUUUGUCGUUUGGCUUCUUUGUUCCCAUGUGCACCAAUUCUUGCUCUUACAGCCACAGCUCCAAAAAAAACAAGAGAUAUGCUUGUUAAAAGUCUUAACAUGAAAGCGCCAGUCACGGUAAUAGGAGCACUGGAUAGGCAAAAUAUUUUUCUUUGCAAAAGUAAACGGAAACCUUCAAAAUCAGGAUCUAAAAGUUUUGAAGAAAUACUACGCCCAAUUGCAAACGAUUUAAAGAAACAGCUAGUCGAUUUCCCACUAACAAUAAUAUAUUUACCGUUGAAGUGGUGCGGCUUUGCGUUUAAUUACUUUGUUGACAUAUUGGGCAAGGAGAGCUACUACCCGACAACGUCGGCCGGGAAUCCAGAACAUUGCCUGUUUGCACAAUAUCAUUCUCCUCAAACGGAUGCAAUGAAAAAAAUGAUCUUAGAACAAUUGACUGACCCUUGCUAUGACCUUAAGACAAUCAGAGUUAUUUUUGCAACUGUUGCCAUAGGGCUCGGAGUAAAUAUUCCUGACGUGCGACAAAUAAUUCAUGUGACAGUACCACGGACGUUGGAAAGUUAUUAUCAGCAGAUCGGGAGAGCAGGGCGUGAUGGUUAUCCUGCAAGAGCUUAUCUUUAUUAUAAUGGAACGGAUAUCGCUUCAAACAAACCUGGUUUAACUGACGAAAUGCGAGAGUAUUGUCUAUUACGAAGUGGUUGUAUGAGAAAGUAUAUAAUGAACUACCUGAACUCGGACACGUCUUGUGACAUUUCGAAACACGAAUGCUGUUCAAAUUGUGCCGAGAUUUGCCAAUGUUCAAAGUGUAUUCCCGUACAAUAUUUGACAUGCACAACAGAGAAUCUACAUUCUUCAUUUGAUGAAUCUUCCGUUCCCAAACCAGUUCGUGUGGUCAGCGAUUCUAAGCGACGAGAAAUUAAAGAAAGGUUACAAGCAUACAGACUUGGCCUUUGUGAUAAAAUUUUUGGAGGUAUCGACUUGAGGACUGGAUUCACCCUUGCUCUUAUUAAAGAUAUUGUUGCAAACUGUGAAUAUAUUGAAAAUGAGAAUGAUAUAUUAAGUUCUUAUCCUGUUUGGGAAGAAUCUCAUGCGGAAAAUAUAAUGAAUAUUAUAAAACAAUGUACUCAGUAA